UACUUAUUUUUUAUUCGUUAAAUGAAUUGUUAGAAGUUUAUUCCGCAAUUUUCGAAUAACUCCAACUGCACAGAUGUCAAUUUGAUUUGUUCGAUUAAAAAUUCGUUCAAGCGUAUUGAUAGCUUGCGAUAGGCUUUGAGAGAGCCUAAUUACCGUCGAUUCCUGGCUGCCCCAACUCGUUUCGCCUAAAUCACGUCUCGAGGAUUAAUCAGCCAAGCAGAAUUCAACUUUAUUUAACAUAAUUAUUAAUUACCUUUGUUGAACGUGAUUAUAUCAAAACGCAUAAAAGAUGAACAAAAGAGUUUUAUUCUUGUAUUAUAUUGUGGUAAUUUGCCACGCAACGACUAUAAAGGACUUUGAUAAGGAUAUUAUAUCUUCAAGAACCGACAGUGAAGGUAGUGAGAGGACAGGUAGUGAACUAGGAGAAGCUCGCGUCACCAGUGAUGAACCUAACUACGAUGCAGUAGUCACCGCUGGAGAUACGAAAGCUGCGGUUGGUGGUAAAUUUCGUAAAAUCAACAUCGACGUUCUCGAUCCUAUUGUAAAUGGAAUAUCUGAAAGUAUGAAAGGAGUUCGGACUUUAGACAUGUUCAACGAUUCUUCCGGUCGAAACGUCCAAUUGAUGGGCGAUCAGCAGAUUUCUGUUGAUGGAACUGAAAGCGCAACGAAGUUUCUACUUCAUGCAUCUGCUGCACGACCGCCCAAGGCUACGAGCUUCAGAGGAAUCAACGGGAAAGAGAGAAUCAUCAAAAAUGUUAAGCAGCGGCCAUUCCAUGACACCCUACGCACCACAGCCAAUCUUCUGCCUGAUUUUAGUUUAUCUAAACAUGAGCCCAGGCCUAAUUUCUCCAUUAAUAAAUUAAUCACUCCUGGGUCACAGCUCAAUGAGGUAGAUCUCACAUGGAAGCCUGGAAAAAGUAAGGCUAAGACUGGCGAUGAAAUUGUAAAUAAGUUCUCUAAGAAACAAUUUAAUAUCUUUCACUUGCCUAAAGUUAACAACUCAGGGUCCCUCAAAAAUGUUCUCGAAGUUCAUACCAACGAGUCAUCUUCACAUAUGACACAAAUUUAUUUAGCAAAGGAAUUUAAGAACCGUUUACAUAUAUUGGAAAAGGGUCAAGGGCAAACGAGGCUCCAUUUGUACAGCCCUACAAAUAAUAUCCCUUUUUCGAAAAUUGCUAUGUACAGUCCGAAGAAGUUAAAAAAAACCUUCAAGGCAUAUAAUAAUUAUGAAACAGAAUUGCAGCAUCGCAAGAAAAGAUCCGUGAUUGUUUCCGAGGAAAAUUCACGACACGAUCUUCACUCUUCUCAAUCAAGACGGGAGAAAAGAAGAAAACAAAACUCAUCAUUGCCAUCCAAAACGCAGACUCCAAAUAAGCUUAAGAAAUUGAAGAGUAAUAUUCAUAACAGAAGGAAUCACAGGAAACGCGUUUCCCGGACAAACGACAGCAAGAAAGAAACAUCGAGCAGAAGCAGCAGCAGCGAGCAGAUCUUCUCUGAGUGGUCGCCGUGGACGCGUUGUAAUAGACGCUGCAAGCAGAAGCGGCGGCGACGGUGUAAGAAGAAGGAUUUGUGUGGUACAGCUCGCAUCAAGGAAGAGAGGUCAUGUUUCGGGUGGCGGUGUAAGAAAAAACCCAAUAAGGACUCAGCAGAAGAGGCAAAGCUGAUAGCAUCUACGCCGCGAGGAGAAUCUCAUCGAAAUGACCGCAUUUCAAAAAUAAAUCGACCAAAGCCAUACGAGUCUAAAGAAACUACCGCCAACCAUCUUGUAUCCGAAACGGUCGGAAAAUUAAUCUCAGAUGACGAUAACAACGUGCAAUAUGUCAAGAGGGAACAGAAAAUUGUUGCUCCCGACCGACAUAACCAUCAACACAACCGCCUACAUACGCAUCGCCAAUAUGCCAAUCAGAACAAUCGACAGCCCUCAAUAAUGCACGAUAAUUUAACAGAAUUGGAUAACAAAAUGAAUACUUUGGAAACAGAUUCUCCUGCUAGAAAUGACCACCAGAGACCAGCGAGACGAAGAGCGUUUAAGGUGGUACAAGGGCGCAAAUCGUCUCACCGAGACUUGCGCCUGCUGGUGAAUUUCAACGCAGUUUUCUACUCGAGGUGGUCGGAUUGGGGCCAUUGUUCAGAAACUUGCGUCACGUCGCGUUAUAGAUGGUGCAAGUACCGUUUGUUUUGCGGCGGAGCGAUCGUUCGAGAAGAAGCCUUUUGCUACACACCAGGCGACGCUUGCGAGACUAAGUACAAGGAGGAAAAUGGCGACGUUACGACACAAGAAUAUCUUGCGAACUCCAUCGAAGAAAAAACUUCAGUAGAACUAGCGAAAGACCGCCAGGAUAUUUUGGAUCCUUUUGAUUUCUUAUCAGGCGAACGCGAUGACAUUUCAAGACUAGAUAACAGAACACCUGACAUGAUGGAGGAUAGGAAUAGUUAUCUGGGGACUAACUACAAUGAUCCCUUUGCAUCAAGAUGGUCUCAAUCAAGCUUGCUCUGGAACGAGCUUGGUCAUGGUCACAAAGGCUUUAAAUGGUCCCAACAUAGAGGACAUGACACUCAAACUUCAGAUGAGGCUCGGAACAGUUACAACAUCGUUUCGGCUGAAAAUCCUUUUGGUUAUUCCAGAAGAUUUGGAAAUGUUUGGGAUCCAAUCCGAUUCGAUGGAUCUGGGGAUAUUAAGGACCACAGUAGAGAUCCUCGGUACCAUCGGGCAGAACACAUCAAUGUACCUACUGAUGGAAGGAAUUACGGUGGCGAGCAGGCCAGCCAUCAUCGUCCCUUCCACCAAAGAUAUUCAAGUCAUCGAGACUUCAAUGCCCCAUUGAGCUCUGGUACAGAUUUAGAAGAUGACGAAUUCAAGGCAAACUUAUUUGGCACCAAAGUAUCAGCAUCUACUUUUGCAACUUCGUCGUCUCAGCAAUCAGCUCAAUCGUCGUCAGUCGCAUCAGUGCCUUCGUUUGGACUCUUAUCUGCGACUUCAUCUUCCUCAUCUGGCCAGUCUUUGCCAGCUCGAGCAUCCGCCGUUUCCGGCAUCAUACCCCCAGUGUCUCCCACAAGAAACUCUUCGCUCCCCUUAACCCACUUUACGAGUUCAGUUUUUCCUUCAAUGGAUGCUUUAGCAAAACAUCCUAAUAGCAGUUCCGGAAACUCUUUCCCUCAUUUUUCUGACUCAACAUCACUUCACGGAGCUAUUCAGACUUCUCCAGAAUCUCCUUUUGAUGAUAUCUUACCUGAACCUCACCAGUCAAAAAUCGUGCGAGAGGACGAGAAAAAUUCAGAGAGAUUACUUGACGAAGAAGAAAUGACAUCUAUGGAACUCUUCGGAACUGAUGAAGCCAUCAAACGCGGCAGCUCCGAAAGCCAAUCAAACGGCGUUCUUUUUGAUCUGGUGCCUCUAGACUCAACGCCUCCAACCUCAUCCCUUGCCUCCCACUUAUCUUCCUUCUUCUUGUCCCACCCAGAUUCAGUUGACAUGAAACCAUCACACUAUCAUAACAACCAUUCAUCAAGAAACCAUCUCACUAUCAUAACAACCAUUCAUCAUGAAACCAUCACACUAUCAUACAGAAACCAAACUACCUCUAAACCUUUUAAACCUUUCCGGCUUUCUUCACCCUCCCCAACCCCCUCCUCCUCUUCCCUCCACUCCCCCAAUUUGAACGCAGUUUGUGGGGUCAGCACUAAAGGCCUUUGGACCGAGGGUCGUGCGCACAACACCUCCAGAGGGAUGGAGGACGCUCCAAAAAAUCUAGGCCUAAAUUUAAAAAUUCUAGGAGGCCGGGAGGCCGAGAGAGGACAGUGGCCAUGGCAAGUAGUCAUCCUCAACAGGCACAAAGAAGCGUUCUGUGGGGGCGUUGUGGUGGGGCCUCGGUGGGUGUUGACGGCCGCGCACUGCGUCAGGAAGCGCCUCUACGCGAGGCUCGCCGAACACGACCUCUCCGUCAGGGAGGGCACGGAGAUCGAGUUCAGGGUGUCGGAAACCAUUUCUCACCCCCUGUACGACUCCACGACCGUUGAUAACGAUAUCGCGUUGUUGCGGCUCCCACAACCCGUUGACUACACCCCGUACCUUUCCCCGGUGUGCCUCCCAAACCAGGGGGAGCCGCUCCCAGUGGGGCAAAUUUGUACCAUCAUCGGGUGGGGAAAAGAAAGACACACCCACCUCUUCGGCACAGACGUCCUGCAUCAGGCCGAGGUUCCGAUCAUCCCGAACGCGUCGUGCAGGGCGGUAUACCGCGACUACUACAUCACCCCCAACAUGUUCUGCGCGGGCUACCGCGGCGGCAGGGUCGACUCCUGCGCUGGUGACUCGGGGGGACCGCUGCUGUGCCGUCAGGGGCACGCAUGGCACGUGGUGGGCAUCACAUCUUUUGGCGAAGGCUGUGGCAGACUCGGCAAGUACGGCAUCUACGCGCGCGUGUCCAACUACCGCACGUGGAUACGUGACGUCAUGAACGCACACGCGCAGAGCGCAACGAGUGAACAAGAGGCACGCAACACGGCGGAUGCGUGGCGACCUCGUCGCAGGGCCGGCGAGCGGAGAGGCAUUUAAGCUUCGGCUACGAAUGCAGUAACCGUUAGUGAUAUUCGCGCAUGAAGGCCUGUCACAGUCAUAACAUGAAAUUCUGGCAUUGAAAACAAUGAAUUGUCCACGCAUGCUUAUCAAGAUAUGUCGCAGAUAUUACAUUAUUGUCUUAUUUUAUUCACAAUGAAUCGAAUGUAGUAAGAAGUUGCAAGAAAGUAUUGGGGAAAUCUUGAAUAUAAGAAAGUAACUGCGUCAAGGGAGCUGCCUCGUGAUUGUUUUCAAAGCAUGUAGGAUUCAUCUGGAGAUUGCAAGAUUUCGCGUCGAAGGAAGAGCUGGAAUAGCAACUUAAGCAGAGUUGAUACUAUUUAUGCUAAACGUGUAUGUAGAAUCUCGUUUAUACACUCAAGUUAAUGCAUUUCCAUGUGCGAGCUCUCUCUAGUUCCGUAGUUGCCAAGUCAGCUGGCUCUCCACUUAGCUCCUGGCUAUACCACAAUGCAAAGCCAUGUGCUGCGUGAUAUCUCGUCUUGUAGAUGAUUACCACCGAAACUAUCAAUUUACCCAAAGUCAAAUGACUUCGACUUCUGUCGCUUUUCGACAUCAAGAUUUAGGCAGAAUUAUUCUUCCGAUACGUUCAAUGUUGCCUGAAAAAAUCCCAUAUUAUCUUUAUAACUAAAUUGUUCUAGUCUUGAUAAUUGUCAAACUUGUCACUGAAUAUAAACGUCGGGUAACGCGACAACCUUAAUUUCGCACGAGGUGCACGCUUAACACUGCAAGGUUGCUGCCUCGAGUACGACUAUUUUAUACUGUGUUGUACAUUUGUAAUAUAACCACGAAAACGUAUACAAUAAUGUGACAAUAAUCGUUAACUUUCAAGGUUCUUCAAAUUGCAUUAAAGAUUUUUGAAGUACCUCUGCACAAUUCCUGUCCUU